UCGUCUCUAUGUGGCAGUUGAAAUCCCGGAGAGCAGAGGACAGGCAGCACUGAGAGGCAGGAAGACAGAGAGAGAGGUCGAAGAAGGAAGAGCAGGGGGAGUGACACGGCGUGCACUGCUGGGACAAACUGCACAACUCCCUUCAGCUGUCUGCUUUUAUUUUCCAUGAGUGCUGCAAGCGUUCUCAGGUCUUUCAGUCCUUCAGCAAUGCCUGGUCCCGUCAUGCCGAUGGAUGUGGCAAUGAGGUUCUACAUCAGCCACUCUCCGCCUCCUCUCAGAGGUUUCCUCAGCUCGUACGAGGAGCUGCAGCGAGCCAAGAACCGGGUCAACCAGUCCACCACCUGCAUCCAGCAGCUCUACAAACCCCUGCGGCCAUGCAUCAGCAGCCAGCAGAAGGCGGUGGACGGCGGGGACUGCAUGGGGUGGAACAGCACCAACAAGGCCAGCAAGAAGAAGGUGGUGUUCGCAGACACGAAAGGCAUGUCACUCACCGCCAUCCACGUCUUCUCCAAGUUCGACGACGAGCCGUACCGGAACAAGCGCUGCGGGGGAGUCACGGAGGACUUGCAGUUCGACAUGGCAGAUCUGGAAACGGCGACGAUGGAUCUAAAGAUCAGCUCGGCGCGCAGCCUGGUGCUGGACUUUAAACAGCCCUCAGCCGACUACCUGGACUUCCGGAACCGCCUGAUUCAGAACUCCGUCUGCCUGGAGAACUGCUCGCUGCAGGAGCGCUCGCUGACCGGCACCAUCAAGGUCCGGAACAUCGGGUUCGAGAAGUCGGUGCAGCUGCGUGCCACAUUCGAUUCAUGGACCAGCUUCACCAACGUUGAGUGCACCUUCAUGAACAACGUCUACAGCUGCCAGGAUAACGACACCUUCGCAUUCGUCCUGGAGCUGCCCACCUACAUCCCACCACAGAACCAGGUUGAGUUCUGCAUCUGCUUCAAAGUCCAAGACCAGGUCUUCUGGGACAAUAACGACGGCAAGAACUACAUCCUCAAGCACGUUGGCUGGAGCGGCGAGCACCUGAACAUUCCCACGCCCCCAACUUCUGCUGAGCAGAAGCCUUCAGAACACAAAAACGGUGGCGUGAAGGUUCUGGAGAUGGACUUUGAUCAGUUCGGAAGUCCACGCAUGUCCAGCGGACUCUUUCCCGGCUGGCAGAGCUGGGGUCAGAUCGAUAACACUGUGCCUUACUGGUGAAAACAUCAGGAUGUUUGCUGAACAAGAACCGAGAGUGUGACGGGGCAUUCAGUAUGAACCAGCUGUGGGCCUGAGCUGAGCCUGGCUCGCAGCCACAGACUGAAGCAAACAAACCGGCUUUUAUAGCAGAGGAAGUGCUCAAACCAGACAGAACCUGGACUGUGACGUGCCCAAACCAGACAGAACCUGGACUGUAACGUGCCCAAACCAGACAGAACCUGGACUGUGACGUGCUCAACUGACCUGCUUUCUGCUGUAACGUGGUGGACCGGACUGAAAGACUGGAUGAUGUGGAUGAUGAAUGAUUCUGUAAAUAUUAACGUGCCUUCUGUUUUGUUGAUGCGCUGAAUGAGACGUCACUGUGUGAAGUGCAGCUGAUUAAAGUCCUUCAUAUUGAAGGGAAAGUGCAGCUGAUUCAUUUGUGAUGAAAACAAAAUGCACACUAAACGUUUUGCACCUUUAAAGAGAAAAUCAUGAAAUGAUGAUUCAAACCUUUAUGUAACUGAAUGGUAUGGAGCCGCCCUUUGCUUCCCUCCGUGUACGUUGCACAUGUUUGUCUGAUGUAAUUUUGAAGUUAAGAAACUGAGCUGCUAUCGAUGAUGUCACGAGAGACUCUGCAUGUGAUUGGUUGUCUCGAACAGGGAAGACAUUUUGAAGUCUGAAUGUUUGUGUUUAGAAGUGAUGAUGUGACGAGCGGCUGGAUGCCAUUUCUCUUUGUUUUCACUUGAAGGUGUCGCUGACGUUUCCUUUUCAGAAAUAAAUUUCUAUAUUUGUGCUAAAA